AUCUCGAUGAGUUCGCUUGAUAACGGAUAACGCUUGCUCGCUGCGAUCGCCGUUCCGCCUACACAUACCGGUAUGCUAUUCUGGCGCAUGUCAAGUAGGCGCGUGGCUGAUGCAACGUUGGUGUGACAAUGGCAGAGAACGAAUUUGAUCUGUUUGACCCAACAAAGAAGAAGAAGAAGAAAAAGAAGCCGACAUUCGAUGUCGACGAGCAGGAGAAAAACGAAACUAAACCUGCUGCUGAUGUUAAAGUUGAAGAUCAAGAUAUCCAACCGGUUGAAGUGAAAGAACGAGUUGAAGUAGGUGAAUUGGAAGGACUGGAUGAAGAUUUUUCGAUGAAGAAAAAGAAAAAGAAGAAAAAGCCAAUAGACAUGGAAUCAGUUGGAACAGCAAUAGAAGAUGUGACUCGAGAGAAAAGUUUAAAAUCAGGUGAAAAAGCAAGUAACCAGACAGACGAAAUUGAAGACAUCAGUUUGUCAUUUGGACAGAAGAAGAAAAAGAAACACAAGAAGCCUAAUCUUGACUUUGACAACGAGCAACAAGAUGACAAGACGAAGGAAACUGAUGAUACUGCUUUACCCGAGGAUGGUGAUGAUCAUGUUGUAGACAUUGAUGAUGACGACAUGAUUGGUGAUGGAGCUCCUGCAUGGGUUGGUAGCGAUCGAGACUACACCUUCCAAGAGUUGUUGGAUCGUGUGUUUGAUAUCAUGAGAGCAAAGAAUCCUGACAUGUUGGCAAGCGACAAAAAGAGAUUCGUAAUGAAGCCUCCGCAAGUUGUUCGUAUUGGAACGAAGAAGACGUCGUUUGUCAAUUUUGCAGAGAUCUGUAAACUUCUCCACCGUCAGCCCAAGCACUUGCUUGCCUUUUUGAUGGCAGAACUGGGAACAAGUGGCUCUGUUGACGGUAACAACCAGUUGAUCAUUAAAGGACGAUUUCAACAGAAACAAAUUGAGAAUGUGUUGCGAAGAUAUAUUAAGGAGUAUGUGACAUGUCACACUUGUCGUUCACCUGAAACAACAUUACAGAAGGAGACACGACUCUUCUUUCUUCAGUGUGAGAAAUGUGGUUCACGCUGCUCGGUUCAGAGCAUCAAGUCCGGAUAUCAAGCUGUCACAGGAAGACGAGCGGCUGUACGAGCAAGGCAGCAAUGAAUUUAUGUGAUGGUAGAACUAGAGCGGAGAGUAGAAAUAAUAGAUUGUCUUACAACUCUAUGUGUUUACCUGAUGAAGUAGUAGGUUAUGUAUUCUCUCUGUAGUGCCAGUGUGGUAGUGACUCACAAUAAAGAUUGUAAUUACCACAA